AUGCUGCCUGGCUGGAGGACCACCGCCUCGCUGCUGCUGCUGCUGCUGGAGGCCGCCUGCAGCCGCGCCCAGAGCGGAGACGCAGACCCCGACGCAGAACUGGGACUCAGCUGCAGCUCCCACAUCAGCCUGAGCCGCUGCAACCUGACCUGCCGGCUGCUCGGUCGCCGCGGCGACGACGAGGAUGAAGGAGAGAGCAUCAGGAGCAUGCGCGUCUGCCCCCCUCAGCCCCCUCAGCCCCGCCCCCCCAGCCCCCCGCAUCCCCCCUCAGCCCCCCGCAUCCCCCCUCAGCCCCCCUCAGCCCCCCUCAGCCCCCCGCUGCCCCCUCAGCCCCCCCCAGCCCCCCGCAUCCCCCCUCAGCCCCCUCAGCCCCCCGCUGCCCCCUCAGCCCCCCUCAGCCCCCCGCUGCCCCCUCAGCCCCCCUCAGCCCCCCGCUGCCCCCUCAGCCCCCCGCUGCCCCCUCAGCCCCCCGCAUCCCCCCUCAGCCCCCCUCAGCCCCCUCAGCCCCCCGCCUCCCCCCUCAGCCCCCGCAGCCCCCCUCAGCCCCCGCGGCCCCCCCCCAGCCCCCCGCAUCCCCCCUCAGCCCCCCGCAUCCCCCCUCAGCCCCCCUCAGCCCCCCCCAGCCCCCCCCAUCCCCCCUCAGCCCCCCGCAUCCCCCCCCGCCCCCCCAGCCCCCUCAGCCCCCCCUGCCCCUCCCCCCUCAGCCCCCCGCUGCCCCCUCAGCCCCCCCCAGCCCCCCGCAUCCCCCCUCAGCCCCCCGCAUCCCCCCCCAGCCCCCCUCAGCCCCCCGCUGCCCCCUCAGCCCCCCUCAGCCCCCCGCUGCCCCCUCAGCCCCCCGCUGCCCCCUCAGCCCCCCGCAUCCUCCCUCAGCCCCCCUCAGCCCCCUCAGCCCCCCGCUGCCCCCUCAGCCCCCGCAGCCCCCCUCAGCCCCCACACCAGAACUCCAGUGAGGCAGACAAGAAGAGAUGCUUCAGCGCGGUCGGAGACACGGUGUCGUCGGCAAAGCUGUACCCCGUGAAUCAGGUGAACGUGACGGUGCGGCUGAAGAGCGGAGGCCGGCUCUCAUCCACGUUCGUCCUGCAGAAGAUAGUGAAACCGAUGAGUCCGCAGGUCUGGAACGUCACCUCGGAACCAGAGCUGCACCGGACCCGGGUUUUCUUCCAGAUCCCUUACAGCAAUGACAUCCUGACUCUGGAGAACCAGCUCUUCCAGCUGGACCUGUGGACCAAAGGAAGCCACGUUACUACCCAGAACGUCUCCAAGCAGGACUUCCUCCAGAUCGACAUGCAGCACCUGCGUAAGAACGCUGAGUACCAGGUGAGAGUGCGGGCCAUCCCUCAGGGGGGUCUGCAGGGAACCUGGAGCGAGUGGAGCCCGGUGGUCACCUUCUCCAUGGGGUCAGGAGGAGAAACGCCUGAGUGGCAGAUGAGCGUGUGCGCGGUCGUGCUCAGCCUCCUCCUCCUGGUGGUCCUCCUCAGCGCCGUGGUCUUCUGGAAACACAAGAUCUUCACCUACAUGUGGCCCAGCAUCCCCCACCCCAAGCAGACGCUGGUCCAGAUCUGCAAACCCGACAAGGGGCUGCUGCUCAACCUCAACCCUGAGGUCUUCAGCUUCCUGAAGGUCCACCCGCUGGAGAUCUCCCACUCUGAGGAGGCGGAACCGCCGGCGGGUUCUGCAGACGACUGCCGGUCCGACUGCCGGUCCGACUCCACCCAGAGCUCCGACUGCAGGAGCACCACCAGCGUCAGCACCGAGGAGCUGGAGAUGUCGGCGCUGCUCGGCCGGAGCUCGUCGGACGGCGAGGACAGCCGGCGGAGCGGCGGCCCGUCCCCCGCCAACACGCCGCCGCCCGGCGCCGAGGCCCAGAACCCUCAGCGCCAGCACGCCGGCCCAGGAGACGGGUUUGGGCCGAAGCAGCCGGAGGAGGCCUACGUCACCAUGUCCAGCUUCUAUCAGAUCAAAUAGAACCAGAACCUUCAAACUUGUGAGAACUGCACUGACGGACCCGACCCAGGCCCGGUUGUCUCCCUGGACCUUCCAGAACUUUCCAGCUUCCUCUCCAGACCAGCGCCAGCCUCUCUCAGAACUUUAAACCUUCUCUGUCCUCUGAGCUGCUGCUCCGCUCCGGCUGGAGAACCUUUCAGGGUUCCCGGUCCGCUUUAGACCCAAACCCUGAGAACAACCGGUUCCCUGCUCACACUACCCGGAACACGGUCACAUGCUCCACCCCAGCCAAUCAGAGCCCAGCGCCGCCGGCUCGCUUGGACUCCAUGAACUUCAUAGAUCUGAAUGUAGCAGUCGGGCCGGUUCUGGCCGCUGAGCCGGACCUUCUGGGCCGGACCAACAGCUGUUCUUUUGUUUGUUACCAUAAUCUAGGAGGAUGUAGAAGGUUCUGCUGAUGCGUCUCAACCCGAGCGGUUCUGUUGGUUGUGCUGAACACGGUUCAGAGCCACAGCAGGAAGUCAGGUCGACCCGUUUCCUCAGUUUUAGCUGAAAAUCACCCAAACAGAACCAGAACUUUCCUCUUCUUGACCAGAACCUUUAAUAGGAUUUCAUGCAGAGAAAAGAAAGGGCGACCAGAACCACUAAAAGAUCCCUGGGUUCUGUUAUGUAAACACAGGCAGGGUUCUAAGACCGACCCAAACACCCUCACUUGUCACCAGAACCUUCCCAGCAGUCUCUAGAACCACCAGAACCACUCGUUACACUUAAUAACUGCUAAUUAGAACCACCUACAGAUCCAUUUGGCCUUCUCACUACAGCAUCUGGUUGUCUCUUCAGAACCAGAACCUGCAAACUAACCUGUCUAACCCAGCAGGCAGGACAACCCAAAACCUUUAGUAGAACCCAAUGGUACCAGAACCAGGAAAAUCCAAAUAAAUCACUAAAAAGACCAGACCAGAUAAGGUUUUUAAAAUCCAGAACCUUUUCCCUGUAGACCAAGGCAAAGGUUCUUCUGCCACCAGAACCUUGUCAAACUUUCAGCUGAAACCCAGAAGGCCGUCUUUACGAGGCAAACGGACCCGGUUCUGCUGCAGGAGUCCAAACUGAAGCCGGUCCUAAGCGGUCCGGCCCGCUCGGGUUCAGGUGAUCACAGGUAAAAAUGUAACGGCAGUCUGAGUUGUUCAUGUUCAGCCUCCAGAACCGCCUGAGUGGUUCCUGGUGUUCAGCCCGGUUCUGUUGGUCUCCUGGUUCUGUUCUGGCUCCCUGUAGAAACACCAGCUGCUCCCACCUGGACCCGGAGAACCUCGUUUGUCCCACGGCGCUGAAACGUAUCACGCAGGGGACUUUCCGUUGCUAUGGUGACCUGCUUGUUGUGAUCGUCGUCACGGAAACCCAAAGACGCUGCUGCUGUAAAACUGGACCGGACCCGACCGGACCGGACCGGACACUUUAGGAGCAUCCAGCCCAGAACGACUGCUUGGUGGCAUUAAACGCUGAAAACACGCUGUAGGUCGGAGCACUCGGCCUUUAUUUAACCUGUUUAUGCUCAAUAAAGUGAGACGUGAAAGAGAA